AUGGCCAUUUCAUGUGCGAAAAACGAAGAAGUCAUAAAGCACAAGGCCACUGCCAUGCGGACUGUGCUCGGCGUCGGUGCCUACGGCAAGGCCGCAGACGACACUGGCGGUGCCGGAUCCACGACCUUGGCCAUGCGCCUCGAGUACGACCAAGGCGACGACUUCACUCGGCAGUUUCCACGCACACAUGUGUUAGCUAUCACUGAGCCUCGGUCUGCCAGCAUUGUCGAACCGGCCGGAAAGCUGCACGAGCUGUAUUGCUUCGCACGAGACCACGAGGGGCUGCAGGUGCAGAAGAUGGAAGUCCGCGCUUCCCGACGACUCGCAAUUGCGGGUCCGGGUGCGAUUCAACCGGACGGGCGAGCGGCUGAUCAGGGCUCGCUGGCCGAGGAACUCGUCACCACCAUCUUGGCGUCUCGAUAUGAGUGGUACAGCCUACUCGGCGAGCUUGCCAAAAAUUUGGAGCACAGCGGGAGCAGCACGCCGGCGUUUGUCUACUUUGGCUUGACCGACUGCGUUGUGGAUGCCUCGUGCCGCCUGCCCGGUGCCAGAAAUCUCGAGGAGCUUUGGAACAUGAUGGCCACCGGGGCUGACCUUCGUGAAGAGCUCCCCACCGACAGGUUCGACAUCCACGGCAGCUUCCGGACAACCCAGAGCGGCAACUUCAUCAGGAGCGCACCUUUUAUGGAAAUCUCAUCGACGAUCGCCCAUGCCCCUCCCGCUUACACCAGCACUGGCACAAUCCGAGCCUUCCUCUGCGGCCGGCUCAGCUAUCACUACGGCUGGUCUGGCCCUGCCAAAGUCAUUGACACAGCCUGCUCGUCCUCGCUGGUGGCCAUCAACCGGGCCUGCAAAGCCGUCCAAGCCGGCGAGUGCCGGCUCAGGAGUCCUGCUGGACAAUGCAAGCCCUUUGAUGCCGAUGCCGACGGCUACUGCCGCUCCGACGUGGCCGAUCUUGUGGGGGAAUUGUCAGCUUCCAUUACGGCCUCCCACUCGGCCGCCCAGCAGGCGCUAUACCGGAGCGUCUUGGAGCGAGCCGGUAUCCCCCCAGAGACAGUCGCUUACGUCGAGGCCCACGGCACGGGGACGCAGGCAGGCGAACCCCUGGAAAUUGAAAGCGUGCGGUCCAUAUUCGGAAGAAAGCUGUCUGACAGCAGUCUGUACAUCGGCUCCAUCAAGGGGAACAUCGGACAUUGCGAGACGGCAGCCGGCGUGACAGGCUUGCUCAAACUCCUGGCCAUGAUCAAGCAAGGCCAGCUUCCGCCCCAGGCCAACAGCCAGAAACUUACCCCUGAAAUUGCGCCGCUGGAGCGGGACGGCGAUGCCAUCACCCAUGCCUGCGUGUCGCUUCAGAUUCUCCACAGCCUUGAGGUACGGAGUAUCGAAGACGCAGCUGGCCUCCUGAAAGUUCUCGAGCGCUCGGCUGUCUUUACACAGCCGGCCAAGCAGGACGUCAAGCAAGUGGUGUUCCUGUUCAGCGGUCAGUACGAUAACAAGGUCGGCUUGGAUCCGUCCUCCUACAACCACCUCCCUCGUGGCCGCGCUGCAGUGCAGCAUCUUCGACAUGCAAUAGGCCUGUGCGCAGUGCUGGAACGACGCCGGGCUGAGGCCAUGCGCAGUGGUAGGCCACAACCUCGGCGAGCUGACGGCGCUCGCCGUUUGCGGCGCCUUUCCCAGAAGGAUGCCCUCAAGCCUGCCGCGACGCGGGCGAAGCUGAUCGAGGCUUAUGCCGGACCGGAAAGGGGCGCCAUGCUCGCCCUGAGCUCCUGCUCGGCGACGGCCCACAACCUCAAGAUCGCGUGCUACAACGCGCCGACGGCGCUAGUCGUAGCCAGGACCACGGCAGCCACCGACGCGGCCGAGAGUUGCGAAAAGAGUCGCGCCUGCGGCAGUCCCGCGAGUCAUGCGCGUAAUCCCGUCUUCUUCUCCGAGGCUAUCCGCCGGGUGGAGGAGUGCCUGGGCAGUUCCGUCUUCUGGUUGGAGGCCGGCGUGAACACCCCCGUGGCGAGCAAAGCGGGCAGCCCGAAGGCGGUCGACACCAUUGCUGGGGUAACGUCCCGGCUCUGGGCAAACGGGCUCUCCGCGAGUCACUGGCGACUGAUGGCACACUCCAAGGCCGACCGUCAACGAGUGCCACGUCCGGUGCCGGCGUCGCAGAGUUCUCUAUCGACAGAAAUUGAGCGAUACCGCAAGAUCGUGGGCGGCCGCGCAGUGCGCCACCGGGCCUUGUGUCCGGCUUUCAUGUACAUGGAAUGCGUCACCAUGUCCCUGCAGCUGCUUCUCGAAGACACAGGUAACGACCUUAUCGGUAAAGGCGCCAGUCUUGUGUUUGGAGACCGAAGCAUCAGCGCACCCCUGGGCUUCACGAGCGAGGGUGACGUGCGCCUCGUUUUGGGAGCCAUGGAGCGGAUCGAGAGGAGGGCCAGCGAAGACGCCGAGAGGCUGAUGUCGAAGCGCGCAUAUAGUCUCUUUGGUCGGGUGGUGGAAUACGCCCCCUUCUUCAAGGCGAUCCACACCCUCAUGCUGAACCAACAGGAAGGUGUUGCGACUGUCCGGUUGCCGCUCGAACAGCCUGGCAGGGAGGAGAGCACAGCUUGGAAGAUCUGCGACACAGUCGCGGUGGACGCUCUUAUCCAGUUGGUCGGUCUUCUGAUGAACAGCGACCAUUCUGUCGCUGCAGAUGAGGUCGUCGUCAUGGUCGGCCAGGACCGCGCCGUGUUGUCGCCAGCAGCUAAGAUGGACGGUCUAGCCGAGCAGUGGCGUGGGAAUCUCUGCCCGAAGCUCUGGACUCGACCGUCUGCAAAAUGGCACCUGCAAACAAAGCUUGGUUACGUCUUCGAGUUCAAGCCCCGAAACCGCGUGGCUGCCCUCCACGAACUCAUGGCCGCCCACGGGAGCUACGCCGAGUUCUCCCUCGCUCCGCAGCACACAACGUUUCAUAUUUCAAACAGGACAAGCGUCGAGGCUGGCCCUGAAAGCAACGUUCACCCCAUCCUCGCAGUAGCUGGCCGUCCGAUCGACCGCGUCAAGAGCUUCGUUGAUCUCGAGAAGGGCGAUGUGGUGGUCGACUACCGCGACGGCGACGAGGCCGUGGUGGCUGCUCUGAAGAAGACCUUCGAAGGCCGGCCGCCUCUCGAGCACGCGGCCGAUGCCGUAGCAGAGGGCAACAGCGGCAAGAUCAUCGGACAGCUCUUCCGUGAGAAGGGAAACGGUAAAACCGGCAGGUUUACUUUUGUUAACCCUGUCAACAAGGAGGAGGUGUCUCCGUACGUGGAGCAGGUCAUGGCCUUUGUGCGGAGCGUGCACAAAGUUUUCGAGGCCAAGGACUUUGCCCUUAGCUCGCUCACUCGCCGAACGCCUCACCGUUUCCUUCACGGGCACCUUGGGGCCGACCCGCGCAAUGCCGAAAAUGUCCAGCUUCUUGUGGUCGCCCAGGACCUUCGAACGGCCGCUUUGAGCACCGCAAAGGCCUGCUCGUCCGGAAUGGACGCGCCGGGCAUGGUCAUACCUGUUGCCGUGCUCACUAGUCAGCAUUUCCAAGAUGAGUAUUGGCCCAUGACGGUGAAAGACGGGGGCAUCGUACGCAUCACGCCCAAGCCAUUCUGA